AUUUGACACUCGGAUUCGCUGCAUGGAUUGCCCGGCGCGAGCGAGCUACGAUGCAGCUCCUGCGACACGUCGCUUAUGAGGCGCCGCUUUGGGCGCAGCAUUUGAAAGUCCCCAAGGAGCGAGUGCUGCUUGGGCACUUGCCCACCCCUCUGAUGCCCUGGAACUGCCCGGCGCUGCAGGAGCUGAACGUGCAGUGGACGCUGAAAAGGGACGACCUCACGGGAUUGGAGCUAUCCGGGAACAAGACCCGGAAGCUGGAGUUUUUCAUGGCAGAUGCCAUGGCGAAGGCCUGUGACGUGGUGGUCACGGUGGGAGGCCUGCAGUCCAACCACUGCCGUGCCACCGCGGCGGCGGCGCGGCUGCUGGGCUUGGAGGCGCACUUAGUGCUGCUGGUGAAGGACAGCAUGGUUGACCAGGAUCCAGGCCUGCAGGGCAACUUGCUGCUGAGUCGCCUCACGGGCGCGCACUUGCACCUCAUCGGCGCCAAGGAGUACUAUGCCCUGGGGGGGGAUCUGUCGGCGGCGGAGCGCCUGAACCAGCGUGUGGCCUCGGAGCUGGCGACGAAAGGCCGCAGGCCCUACGUCAUCCCCGUGGGGGGCACUGCCCCUUUGGGGACCUGGGGCUACCUGCAGGCGGUGGAGGAGCUGCAGCUGCAGAUGGUUAGCCCUGAGUGCAGAGAGGACUACGAAGAGGGAUUUGACCACGUGGUGGUGGCCUGCGGCUCCGGCGGCACCUUCGCGGGCCUGGCGGUGGGUCUGCACCUCGCCGGCGGCGCUCGGAAGCUGCACGGGGUGAACAUUCAGCACACGCCUGCAGCGUACCGCGCGCUUCUGCUGAAGGAGGCGGAAGGCCUGGGAUGCUCCAAGGAGCAGGCGGAGCUGAUCGCGCAGCAGGUGGAGAUCCACCCGGGCGGGGGCGGAGGCUAUGCCAACGCCUCUGAGGCGGAGCUGCAGUUCCUGGUGGAGGUGGCCAAAAGCUCAGGAGUCGUCCUGGACCACGUGUAUUCGGGCAAAGCUCUUUUUCACUUCUGUGAACACGCACGAGCGCACCCUGACGACUUCCGGAACUCGCGCAUCCUCUUCUGGCACACAGGCGGCUUGUUCGGGCUCUACUCUCAGGAGGAGCGGCUGGGCCAGUUGGCCAGGCUGUAGAGAUCGAAAGAUGCCUCCGCUUGACGCGGAUGCUCCGGGAGUCGGGAGGAUUUCCAUGACGGGUUUGGCAUUUUCAGGAAU